AUGGCUAGGGUGCUACCUUACCUGGUUUGCCUCUGUGUGGCCGUGGUGACUUUUGUCAUAACCACUGGCCCUAGGCUCUUCACAACACACAAGAGCAAAAGCCAGAUCCACGAGAGCGUCAGCCAGAAUGCUCCCAGCCUUGUGAUCACUAGUGGCAACACGAGUCCGGAUCUGCGCCCGUCCACCACCCACGAAGAGAACAAAAACCUACCAGUGCCGACCUCAGGCUACGUCGUGGACACAAUCGGCUGCAGGAUUCCAAAACUAGAUCCAUUUGACGACUCAGUUAGACAGUACGUCAAGGAGUAUCUACAGUUUGACUGUGCGUCAAGGAAUGUGCCCUCUGUGACGUAUCAAGACGGCGGCUACUUGAGGAUUAACCGCACGGCUUUGCGGCAUUACAGAGGGAGUCUGGCCUUUUGUCAACUGUCGGCGGUGGUUCGACAGAAUGGGACGGACGACGGGUUCGUCGUCUUACCUGUACGCGUGUUCAAUUUUGAUAUCCAAGUGAAGACCGAGUUUGUCAAGGUUCAAUGCUUUAAUACGGCUGGCGUGAAAUAUGGACUGAAUUACUACGCAUUUAUUCAGCCUAAACCUCGGAUCCUAGAUCGACUACGGAGUAAAGGUCGGAAAUUCCGACAGAAAUAUGGAGUGAAGAACCCGAUGAGUAUCAUCGUGGUGAUCGUCGAUUCCAUGUCCAGGCUGAACAUGAUCCGACAGCUUCCCAAGACCAGGGACUAUCUGCUGUCCACUUUGGCAGCAAUAGAAUUCAUGGGAUAUAAUAAGGUUGCUGACAACACCUUUCCUAAUAUUAUAUCUCUUCUAACGGGGAAAUUUGCCUCGGAAUUAGGACUAACCACCUCUAGAUUGAAGUCAGCUUAUAUGGACAAACUUGAUUACAUUUGGAAGCAGUACUCCCAAGCUGGAUAUGCUACGUUUAUGGCCGAAGACGAUCCCAGAUAUACGGAAUUUAAUUACAAGAAACUUGGUUUUACUGAGCCACCCACAGACUAUUAUUACAGACCACUAUCCUUGGCGAUGGAAAAUGAAAGGGCCCUGUGGAGUCAUUCGCACAACUGUGUUGGCGACCGAUUUGAAAUUCAGGUCCUUCUCGACUGGCUUCGGGAUUUCCUCCGGAUAAACAAAAAUACACCUUCUUUCUCAUUCACCUUCUUAAACCGAUUAAGUCAUGACAACUUGAACAAGGUCAAGGUUGCAGAUGGUGUUUAUCUGAGAUUUUUCAAAACUUUAAAAGCUGAAGGUCAUCUAAAUAAUUCCGUUUUGUUUGUCUUGAGUGACCAUGGAAUACGUUUUGGGGCAAUUCGACAAACGCACAUAGGCUGGAUGGAAGAAAGGCUGCCAAUGCUGUUUGCUGUCCUGCCCAAGUGGUUUAAGCAGAUCUACCCCACUCAAUUCAGUCAAUUAAAGACAAACUCUGGCAGACUUACUACUCCAUUCGAUCUCUACGAAACUUUCAAAGACAUUUUGUUUUUGAAUUUCACAACACCGCCAUCUCCAACCAAACUCACCCGAGGUGUUAGUCUCUUUUCUCCUGUCCCAUCGCACCGGACGUGUACAGACGCGCAAAUCCCUAUCCACUGGUGCACGUGCACUUCUCGGACACUACUAUCCACGGCCAACCAAAAUGCCCAAAAGGUAGCCAAGGCGAUUGUUGCUCACAUCAAUAGUAUUGUUAAUAAAACCAAGCAAUGUGCAAAGCUGUCGUUACUCUCUAUUCACCAGGCAUUGCUGUAUGACUUGAAGGGAGAGGCUUUUGGUGGUUCUCACAGCCUGACGGGGAACAACCAGUCAAGCGUAGACUACCGGGUAACCUUGACAACUGCCCCAGGAGAGGCCAUGUUUGAGGCCAGUGUACGACAUUACGACCUGGGUGACAGGUUUAAGGUCCUUGAUGACAUCAGCAGAAUCAAUCGUUACCGGAAUCAGUCAUACUGCGCUCAUAACCCCGAGCUGAAAAAAUACUGCUUUUGUAUGAAUUAA